GAUGACGAUCUCCAAGAUGCAGUUGCCCGGCCUGAUCACCAUUUUGGUUCUCAUCUUCUCCAUCAUUCCUUUCUCACUCUCAGACAACCUCACCUCACCCGUCCCUCCCGACCAGGCCUGCAGCGUCACCACCAACCCCACCUUCUGUAGGUCCAUCCUUCCCAGUGGAGGUAGGUUGAACCUCUUCGAAUACGGCCGCCUUCUAGUCAGCCGGUCCCUGCAGCAGUCGGCGAGCUUCUCCGGCCUCAUCGACCGAGCCCUCAAGGACAACCCCAACACCCUCCCCGGCCAAGCCCACGGCGCCCUCCAGGACUGCCAACUCCUCUCCCAAAUCACCUCCAACCACCUCGGCUCCUCCCUCUCUACACUCAACGGCGCCGGCUCCCCGUUCCUUCCCCUCAGGCUUGGCGACGACGUCCACACUCUUCUCAGCGGCAUCGUCGCCAACCAGCAGACCUGCCACGACGGGCUCGGCCAGUCCUCCGCCUUGCACAGCAUGGGCGACCUCUACGACCAGCUCGUCCAUGGGUCCGAGCUCUACCGGACAUCCCUCGCUGUGUUCGCCCAUUCUUGGGUGCCCGAAGGCAACAAUACCAAGAAAGUCGUUCAAGGUCGCCAUCUGCUGGAACAGUCCAGGGUGAGGCCGGACGGCGUUCCGCGGUGGGUCAACGAAGACCUCCUUCGGUUCGGUCCCACCAGGAGGUCGGCUCAUCUGUUCAUCCCUUGGGUGAAGACCACGGUGGUGGUGUCGAAGAGUGGAGAGGCGGAUUUCCGAACGAUCAACGACGCCAUUGCUGCUGCGGCGGACAAUGUGGACGCCCGGAUUGGGUACUAUAUGAUACAGAUCGAUCCCGGCGUUUACGAGGAGUACGUGACCGUGGGAUCGAGCAAGACGAAUAUCAUGAUGGUGGGGGCUGGGAUCAACGAGACCAUCAUCACUGGCAGCCAUAGCGUCGGAGACGGCUUCACCACCUUCAACUCCGCUACUCUAGUCGUAGUUGGACAGAACUUCGUCGGCAAGGACUUCACAGUCCGGAACACGGCUGGUCCGGCCAAGGGCCAGGCAGUGGCGGUCAGGAACGGCGCCGAUCUCUCCUCCUUCUACAGAUGUAGCUUUGAGGGAUACCAGGACACUCUCUACACUCACUCCAUGCGCCAGUUCUACCGCGAAUGCGACAUCUACGGCACCGUUGAUUUCAUUUUCGGCGACGCGGCUGCUGUCUUCCAGAUGUGCAACAUGUACGCUCGGCUGCCAUUGAAGGGGCAGUCCAUCACGUUCACGGCUCAGGGAAGAUCGGAUCCUAACGAGAAUACAGGCAUAUCCAUAAUGAAGAGCAACAUCAUGGCGACGCCGGAGCUUCAAGAAGCCGGCUUCCCUGUCCAGUCAUACCUCGGAAGGCCAUGGAGGGAGUACUCCAGGACAGUGUACAUGAGGUCAAACCUUGACAGCCUGAUCGAUCCCAAGGGUUGGUUGCCAUGGUCCGGCGACUUCGCGUUGAGUACUCUAUACUAUGGGGAGUAUAUGAACAGUGGUGAGGGGGCUGAUACCAGUCAGAGGGUGGACUGGCCCGGCUACCAUGUCAUGAAUUUUUUUGAUGCUAACAGCUUCACUGUUUCUAGAAUGAUACAGGGAGAGUUCUGGUUGCUUCCAACAUGCGUGCCCUUUGAAGCGUGGAUACUUUGAGUCGGAGCGAGUAAGAUGAUCAUGAGAGG